AUGGCUUCUGAACCUCACAACAAGAAUGAGAAGCACUCCAAGUUUGGUCAUCUUCCAUUGUCGACCUCAGGACCGCAAGGAUGCGCUCUCUCCGGCGCCGCGCUCCUCAGGACACCCUACCUGAACAAGGGGUCUGCAUUCACACCCGAAGAACGGAAAGAGUUCAAGCUCCACAGCCUCCUUCCACCGAACGUGCAGACCUUGGAUGAGCAGGUCAAGCGCGCCUACGAGCAAUAUUGCAGCCGACAAGAUGAUUUGGCCAAGAACACAUUCAUGACGAGCAUGAAAGAGCAGAACACAGUGCUGUAUUUUAAACUAAUCCAAGAUCAUCUGAAAGAAAUGUUCAGCGUAAUAUACACUCCUACGGAAGGAGAAGCCAUUGCAAACUACUCUAGGCUCUUCCGGCGACCAGAAGGCUGCUUCUUGAAUGUUGAUGACCAGGACAGAAUCGAGGAUAACCUAGACCAAUGGGGCGCGCCGGAAGACGUUGAUCUCAUAGUGGUCAGCGACGGAGAGCAGAUCCUGGGAAUCGGCGACCAGGGUGUCGGCGGUAUACUGAUCUCCGUCGCAAAGCUUGUGAUAUACACGUUGUGCGCGGGCAUCCAUCCCACUCGGACGCUGCCGGUGGUCUUGGAUUGCGGUACCAACAACAAAGAGCUUCUGGAAGACGAGCUGUAUCUGGGCCUGCGGAAACCCCGAGCUCGCGGCGAGAAGUACGACUCUUUUGUGGACAAGUUCGUGAAAGCUGCCAGAAAGAGAUAUCCGAAUGCUUAUAUCCACUUCGAGGAUUUCGGCCUGCCGAACGCGAGACGCAUCCUGGAAAAGUACACCCCUGAGAUUGCUUGUUUCAAUGACGACGUCCAGGGGACAGGCUGUGUUACUCUCGCCGCAAUCAUGGCCGCCAUGCAUGUCGCAGACAUCAAGUACGAGGACCUGCGGGUUGUCCUCUUCGGCUCCGGCACCGCGGGCACAGGGAUUGCGGACCAGCUCAAAGACGCAAUUGCCGUGGACACGGACAAGAGCAAGGAAGAGGCGGGCCAACAGAUCUGGUGUGUCGACAAGCCAGGCCUGCUCCUCAAGUCCAAGAAGGAUGACCUCAUGCCGGCGCAGGUUCCGUAUGCGCGUGAUGACAAGGAGUGGGAGGGCAAACAGCAUGACGACCUGCUUAGUAUCGUGCGCGAGGUCAAGCCGCAUGUUCUGAUUGGCACAUCAACCAAGCCUGACUCCUUCACCAAGGAGGUCAUCGAGGAGAUGGCGAAGCAUGUUGAUCGCCCCAUCAUCUUCCCUCUCAGCAACCCGACUAAGCUGCAUGAGGCCAACCCCAACGACCUCUUUGAGUGGACGAAGGGCCGUUGCCUUGUUGCUACCGGCAGCCCGUUCCCGCCUGUCGAGUACGAGGGCGAAAAGUACGAGAUUGCCGAAUGCAACAACUCGACAACCUUCCCGGGCAUUGGUUUGGGUGCCAUCCUCUCCCGCACCAAACUCCUCACACCUCCCCUCCUCGUUGCAGCCACCAAAGCCCUCGCAGCCCAAGCACCGGCUCUCCAAUCUUCCAACAAAGACACGCCCCGCGCCGUCGCCCUUCUUCCCGACGUCACCGACGUCCGCGAAAUCAGCGUGAAGAUUGCUGCAGCGGUGAUUCGCAAGGCGGCCGAGCUCGACCUUGCCCAGGAGAAGAAUAUUCCUCUGGGCGAGGGCGAGAAGGGCGACGCUGAGCUCGAGGAGUGGAUCCGCGAGCAGAUGUGGGACGCGGAGUACCGGCCGUUGAAGCGCGUGGAGCCGCAGCGCGCUGAUGCGGUCGCGAAGGGGGAGGCGGGGACGGGGACGGCGAGACGGCCGGCGAGCUUUUCGACAGAGACGGCGCAUGCGAGGCUGUGA